CGGAGCUCGGACCGUUUGCGGAUAUCGUCGAGCAGUUUUAUGUAAACUUUUGUGAUGAAGUGGUGUUAAAAACAACGUGAAUAUGGUGAAAGUGAAUCUUUUAACCAGUGUUAAGAACAUGGUGCCUAUAUUUACCGUGGAAAACUAUUUCAAAGAACACAGUCUGGUUCGGAUUCAGGACGAGAUCGCCUUGCACAAAAUAACAAAUGAGACUGCAGUCAACAUACCGGUGGCUUGCCAAGACAGCUCGCCAGACACACCUCAACCCGCUUACGACAUCAAACAAGGGUGGAUGAACGGCAUCUUCGGUUGUCUUAGGCCGGUGCUAUCCAUUAUUGGGAAAGGGGUCGUCGAAAAUAGGAAUACGCAAGAUGACUGGGAAAUACCGUUUGAUCAAAUAACAGACUUGACGUUUCUCGGCUGCGGGGGACAGGGCGCCGUCUUCUCCGGCAUGCUAAACAGUACGCCUGUGGCAGUGAAAAAGGUUUCUGAACUGAAAGACACUGAUAUUAGAAAUUUACGUAAAUUAAAUCACCCUAAUAUAGUUAAGUUUAAGGGAGUGUGUACGCAGGAACCGUCAUGCUAUUGUAUUAUUAUGGAAUUCUGUCCGUAUGGACCUCUUUUUAAUUUGCUCAAGAACCAGAAGAACGUAGUCACGAUAAACAGGGUGGUGUCGUGGGCCAAACAAAUUGCCAAUGGGAUGCAUUAUCUACACACGCAUAAAAUUAUUCAUCGAGAUCUAAAAAGUCCAAAUGUUUUAAUUGGAGAUGAAGAAGUGAUUAAAAUCAGCGAUUUUGGUACAUCUCGAACUUGGAACGGAGUCAGCAGCGAGAAGAUGACGUUUGCAGGCACCGUGGCUUGGAUGGCACCGGAGGCCAUCCAAGAACAGGCCUGUAGCGAAAAGGUUGACAUUUGGUCUUUCGGUGUUGUUUUGUGGGAGCUUCUCACCUGCGAAGUCCCAUAUGAUGGCAUGGAGCAAAGUGCAAUAAUGUAUUCGGUAGGCUCUGGAAAGCUGAAGCCACCGAUACCGACUACUUGCCCGGACGGUUUUAAACUGAUAAUGCAGAUGUGCUGGAAGCUGAAUCCUAGAGAGAGGCCGUCGUUCAAAUUAAUUUGUAACCAUCUGGAAAUAGCUUCGGUGGAGAUACUGGCGAAAUACGAGGAUAAAGCAUUCUUCAAGACGCAAGAGAGUUGGAAGCAGGAAAUCAAAUCGCAAAUUACGCAGUUUUGUGAACAAUUGCAAAAACACAAAAUUGAGUAUCAACUAAAGGAGGAGCAGCUGAUAAAAAGGAGGGAAAUGGAAAUCAAACACAUUAAGGACAUAAGGGAACUAUACGACAGAAGAUUGGAAAAAGUAAAUCAGUUAUAUAUAGAAUUGGCGGGUUUUCUGCAGCAAGUGGAGAGAGCCAGGCAGGGAGGGAGAAAAAGGAGAUUAUUGCCCCCUUUUAUGAAGAAAAUGGAGAGGCGACGGUCUAGUAAUCAGAGCACCACCCCAACUAGUCCGGAAUGCAGUCUCACAAGUCCAGACAGUCCUCACAUUGCCUCCAAUAGAGCUCCCCUUUACGCCACACUUAAUCCAGCGACUGAUUCUGUAACCCAAACUACCACAACCCUCACUGCGACGGUUACAUCCAGGAAAAGGCCUCAUCGAACAAAUUCCGGAUCACCUCGUGGCUCAAGGUGCUCCCGUUCGUCAAGUUCAAGAACGUCGGUGGUGGAUGCAGAAACUCAGACAGACUGUAUGGAUUUAAGCGAGAACGACUUGAGUCCUACUAGUUGUCCUACCACCAGUUGUUCGACUUCUACAAAUUUCCCUCAGAGAGUUAUUCUACAACAAUUCGGAACUGGAUCUGAUGAUGAGAGUGUCAACGGUAAUUGUGUUCAGGUGCAUUAUAUGGUUCAACACCCCCAACCACCUGUCCAAAUAUUCACCAGGGUGGAUUCCAGAAGUACAAGCCCCAUUAUAUUCGAUUCCGAGGACAGCGUUAAUAGAAACAUUGGCCCUCCCAGAGCAUCCAGUGAAGAAGACCACUUAGAAACAAUCGGGAGAAAAGUCUCUGCGAUCAAAAUAGGGACAAUAUUUUCUCCAGAAAAUGGAAAUAUAUCUGAUAAUCUAGGUGAAAUUAUUCGACAGAGGACAUGUUCUGAGACUAGAGAUGAAUUGGACAGUACUGAAGAUGCCGCGAAUGAAGACAGCUUCACGGAUGAGGAGGGUGAAAUCUAUAAUAACCACUUAAGGAGAAAGAGUUUUGCCAGAAGGCCAAUUUAUCCAGGCAGAAGGUCCAAUAGGUAUAAAAUAAGCUUGAGUCAUUAUCAGAGGGAACCCAACAAUGCUUCAGAUGAAGGCAACACGUCAGAAUACUCAGUUUCCCCGUCCAGUAAAUCGUCGACCCUAGAGUCUAACCCCGAUCGGGUCAGGACUCUGUCCAAUUUGGCGGUAAAAAGGCCAAACGAGAGCAUAGAUGGUUCUUCAGAUAGUGAAUCGGAGGAAAAUUUAACAAUUGUUACGCAGCUAUCAUUUAAUAUGAACAAAACAGAGAAUGUAGUCUGAUUUAUGUAAAGCAUGAAUGUGAUUUUUUUUUAUAGUUUGUAGGUUUAUUUUUGUAUUCGAUUUGGUGCAGAGAACGACGAAUUAAAUAAACACUAAAAAUUUGAUCGGGUGGAAAAUUAAGUAUUUUACGGGGGCAAACCAUACUUAAAAUGCUGUGAAAGAAAGCAAUUUUUUUCAUAAAAAGGAACUAUGUGAUUUGGGGACGGACAGACGGAACACGAGCAGGGGAUACUUUUCUUUUUAAUGCUAAAACUUUUUGUUUUCGCCAGUGUUUAUUAUAUUUGUGCAUUCUUGGUACAGUGGAGUGCAAUUUAACUGUUAAAAAUAUUUCUCAUUGCGAAUUGUACUUAAAACAAUUGGAUAUACGUUUUUGUGGUGUAAUAUGUAGCUCAAAAAUGAAAAUAAUUUAUGUUUUUACUCAAACGGAUAUAUUAAUUCUUAAUGACGAAGAAUAAAUAAUUUUUUUAAGAAAAUUUGUUGAUAAUAAAAAGGCUUUACUUCCAAAUAAUUUGAUAAAAUAUAUGCCUAUAUUUUUAUCACUAUUAUUUGAAAUAAUAAUUAAGCUUACUGUGAAAAAAAUUUAAAAGCGUAAUUCCUUGGCACGAAAAAUAUAAUAUUAAGCUCAGAGAUAAAGCUAAAGAGAUAAAUAAGAAAUAAUAUUUGACUUGCCAUAAUUAGUUUAUGUUCAAAAUUGUCUUGUAAUUAAUUUUAACAUAAAAAUGCCGUCAUAUUCCACCAUUUAAACUUCAGAUCUAUUAAAUAUUCUUGGGUAGUAGAUACUUACUUAUUUUACUGUUAACUAUUUUUAACACCUAAUCGUCUACCAUAGUGAUUAAAAAUAUUUCACAUUUUACACAUCACAAAAUUUAUUUGUUCUUGCUACUUUUGAAAGCGCUUGAUUUAAUAUAGUUGACAUCUACUUACAUGAAUUUAAACAACGAAAAAAAAACUAAUCUGAAAUAGUAGUGGCUGGUGAAAAUUAGUAAAAGUCAUCAUAUUUUGAUAAUGAAGUGUGGGACCCAUACCAUUUUCUAUAAGAUGAUUUCUGAGUCCACAUCGUCAAACAUUCAUGAUGAAAAAAUUUUGAACUCAAAAUUUGCGAAAUAAAGAGAUUCUCAAAUCUCGGAAAAGGUUGCACAUAUGCUGAUACAAACAGGUGUUUUCUUAUUUUUAAUGAAAUUUUCAUUCUUCCUAAAGUUACAGCAUUAUGGAGUUUAAAAAAAGGAAUAUUAAGUAUCAAAUUAAACUUUAAAAGGUAAACUAAGGAAAUUUAAUUUUGUCAAAAACAUAAAACAAUUCCUGUUUGUAUCCGUCAGUUGAUCAGUUGAAAAAAUGUUUUGUACAUAUCUGAAACCCUCUUCAAAACCUUAAAGGGUAACUCCACUCUAGAGGUUAGAAGAAAAGGUGAUUUUCGGAAAAUUUUCAAGGAAAAAUCGAUACAAGAUAUACUGUCAAGAGCAAAAAGGCUUUAUUGUACAUGUUUUCAGGUAGAAUUGUCAAUUUUUUCAAAUAAUUUGGAUUCAAAAUGUGACAGCACCUUUUUUUCAAAGGGCUUUAUGGCUGGAACGGUUUCUUAUUUAACAGGUGGUCUCGGAAUAAAAAAAAAACAAACAUGUUUUGAUAUUAUAAACUAAAAGCUAGGGAACAUCGUAGGGAAAUUAAAAAAUAUUAAUAAUUGUCGAUUUAGUGAAAAUUCAAAAAAAUAUCAAAAAAUGAAGAAAAAUUUUCCAUUGUAUUGUUAAUAACAAUGAAAAUUGUUAAUCGAUUGAAAAAUCCCUACGAUAUUCCGUAAGUUAUGUUAUUGUGAAGCUCUGUACAAAAUUUCAAGUCGAUCCGUUGAAAUCCGUUUUGAGUUAUGUUUCUGGCUGGUUAAAAAAAAUGGUUUCUCGAAAAACGCUCUUAAAAUUUUUGUUGCCAUUCAGCAUAAGAAAUUUGUUAUAUGUAUACCUUCACCAUAUACGAUUGUUGUCCCAGAAAUAAAGCACAGUUGGGUCUAACUCGAAAAAUAUUUAUUGAAGAAGAUACAAGUGAUUAUAGAAUCCCCUCCGUUAUCAAUGCAUGCUUGCCAACGUCACGGAAAUAUUUGGAUUCUGUUCAGCGUCCUGUUCUUAUUGAGCAUCCGAAUCUGUCAGAUCACUUCUCUUCGGAGCUCUUCCAGUGUACGAAAGGCACCCCCCGAAGGGGCUCCUUCAGCUUGGGAAAGAGAUCGAAGUCAUCAGGUGGGCUCAGAUCGGGACUAUAAGACGGGUGGCGGAGCUGUCCGCAGCCAUAUUUUUCGAGAAGUCCGAUGAUCAGUGCACUUAUGUGCGGGCGCGCAUUUUUUGUGCACUACUUUGCAACAUUCCUGGAUGCAGUUUAUGGAUAUUUAGGCUCAAGACAUUCUGAAGAAAGAUUCACAGUAAACCUUAUACAUGCUUUUUUAACGCAUCAUGAAUUUCGGGCACUUUUUUACCGCAUACUGUUUCAAUGUGAACAUACGCACGUUUCUUUAUAGCUGAAUUCCGACCCGAUGGACUGUUUUCGUUGUCUUUUCGAGUUUUUGACAUUUUCCCUUUAAACGAAUCCCACUACCAUAUGAUACCAAUGUGUUCUUACUUUUGGGACAACUUUCGUAAUUGACCUUCUAUGUUCAUAUCUUCUUCAUUCUCUUCUUUUCGGCUUGAUCUGACACUUACAAUUAGUCUGGCCUCUAUAAUAGCUAACUAUCUUGCACAUUCGCACAAGUUAACAAUAAACACUCCUGCAGCAAGCUAGUGGUUUUUCUCCCAACUAAAACUUUUUUCCUUUCUUCUUCACAUAAUAAAGCAUUGUUUGAACAAUUUAUCCAGAAAUCGAUUUCUUCAAAAUUCUAGUGGGUUUACCCCUUCAAUAAAACUACUCCGAUUUUCAUUUUUUAUUACCCAUAAAUUUUAGAAAUUUUUUACUUUAUGACAGUUGUGUGUUGUGAUAUGUGUCUCACCCUUCAUUAUUAUCAAAAUAUGACCAUUAUAAUUUUCAUCAGCCGCAACAGAUUCGAACAGUUUCAAUCUUGAUUUUUCUCCAAAUCUAAGUAUAUCUUAACUGUUAUAAAAAAUGAUGAUAUAUCAAAUCAAGUCACUAUGUUACUUACGUGUUAUUUGUUUUAAUAUAUUGAUUUAAUUUGGUACUAUACACUAAAUUACUUGAAAAGCCGCCAUAUAAGGAUUAUUGUGUAAAUCCACUUAAUUAAAAGUCUCUGUUAGAGGCAAAAGUUUGCGAAUCUCGAAUGUAAAUAAGCUCACGAUCUUUGUGAUUCUCAAACUUGUAGCUUUCUUGCAAGAACUGAAGUUUAUCGCAACUGUAAUAAUUCACGAACUAACGAGUGUCAGGGCCUUUUGCCAGCUUUUCAAUGGCGAUCUUUUGUAAUGAAGUAUUUUUAUAGAAAAAUGGAACUAAUAUUUGUAGAGCUUUAUAUAAAUUGGUGUAGAAGAGAACGUUUUGCAACCAGUUGCAGCUGUAUAUAAUUAUACUAUUAUUAUUAUAUAAUUUUAUGUACAUAAUUAUGUUUACGUAAUUUGUGAACAAAUUGAACUAAACGUGAUGCACGAUGAUAUUUUAUAUAAUUUUUUAUUUUCUCUUUUUGUUUACAUGUUAUUUAUUGUGAUUUUUUAAUUCCAUGGUAGCUAGUUUACAAUACUUAUUUUACUGUUGAUGUUUUUUUUUUAGUUUUUUGUUGUAGAGGUACAAUAAGUAUUUAUUAAUGAACUACGAACAAAUACAUUCCGUCAUAAAUUUAUAAAUAUCGAUGUUAAUAGUUAAGAAAAAGUAUUUAGAUUGUACAAAACAUUAACUGACUAUGUACAAAUUGUUUAUAUUUGUUAGAAUAGAAAAUUGUAAGCUGAUCUGUCAGUUUUAUUUGGGGUCGGUCCGAUGGGAACGUAAAGCCAAUCGCUGAGCCAGUUUGCAGAAUUCUGGGUAGCGCCAAAUUUAGAGAACGUAAAAGAAUACCAUAUUAUUUGUUCUGUAAAAUCGUCUGGUAAUUUCUAUUAAGAAAUGGCCAGCGAUUCCUUCCUCUCAAAUACUAUAACAGUAAGCUAAUGUAAAUAAUAAAGUUACCUAGAGCACUUUAAAUAUCUGUUAGUGGUCAUUGAGUGCCUUCUCGUCACUUUGUUUUCCAUAAAACGCUAUUCAUAUAAAUUACAAUUGCGAGGCAUAUCCACAAAGUAAGAGUACUCAAUUUUUUAAAAGUCGAAACGGCAAAUUUACGUAUUCAGAAUGGUACAUCAAACACUAUAUUUUGACCUCACAGCUGGCAGGAUUCGGAAUAGUGGCGCUUAUUUCAACACGCCGCUACAACAACAGUUCUCAACUGACUGAGGCAAAUGAGCACACCUUUUGCUCCCAGCACCUUGGACUUGAAAACAAUGUUGCCAACUUUGUCGAAAACAAAAACCACAGACCAUCAGAGUCUAAGAACUCUUACUUUGUGGAUACGCGCCAUACUUACCUACGUGGGUACCUAAAAAUCAUUUCGUGCCUAUAAAAAUAUAUAGAGACACCCAAAACCGACCCUAAUUUCAUUGUAGAAUCAGUCUUUCGUUAUGUACAUUCCAUUUUAUGAACUCGUACCUCUUACUAUGUUUAUAUAAGAUAUUAAAUUAUAUUUGGCUUUGGAAUUGUCAAAUAACUCAGAAAUAAAUAUUGUACACAUCA